CCAGAAGAACAGAACUUUCCAGAAUCCCAAAUUCGUAAUGGCAGAACACUUAGCUUCAAUUUUCGGUACUGAAAAGGAUAGAGUGAAUUGUCCUUUCUACUUCAAGAUCGGUGCUUGUAGACAUGGAGAUCGAUGUUCGAGGCUCCAUACGAAACCAAGUAUUAGUCCUACUAUUCUCCUCUCAAAUAUGUAUCAAAGGCCUGAUUCAAUUACCCCUGGUGUUGAUGCUCAAGGCAAUCCCAUUGAUCCUCGCAAAAUCCAGGAACAUUUUGAGGAUUUUUAUGAAGACUUGUUUGAAGAACUGAACAAGUAUGGAGAGAUUGAGAGCCUGAAUAUUUGUGACAAUCUGGCUGAUCACAUGGUUGGUAAUGUUUAUGUUCAGUUUACAGAGGAAGAGCAUGCUUCAAAUGCACUGAAGAAUCUUACAGGAAGAUUCUAUGCUGGAAGGCCCAUCAUUGUUGAUUUCUCUCCAGUGACUGACUUUCGCGAAGCCACCUGUCGACAGUACGAGGAAAAUGUCUGCAACCGUGGUGGAUAUUGCAACUUUAUGCACCUCAAAAAGAUCAGCAGGGAAUUGCGACGUCAGUUGUUUGGAAGGUAUAGGAGAAGGCAUAGCAGAAGCAGGAGCCGAAGCCCUUAUAGGCAUCGCAGCUAUGAAGACCGCUCUCACAGGAGUCAUAGUAGAAAGCAUGAUGAAAGGGAUCAUUAUUACGAGAGUCGAAGCAGGAGGAACAGAAGUACAAGCCCUGACCACAAGAGGGGUAGGAGUAGGAGUCCCGGUGGCAGGAGAGACCGAAGUCCAGUUAGGGAUGGCAGCGAAGAGAGGCGUGCAAGAAUAGAGCAGUGGAACAGGGAAAAAGAGCAGGCAGAACUUGAUAACAGGGCUAAUGCAGACAGUAAUUACAAAAAUGAAAGAAAUCACAAUGGAUCUGCUCCAAACCAAGAUCAGUAUUAUAAUCAACAAUGACAAGAAAGUGCAUAUGGAUAAUGAGUGAAAUUAUCGUGCUGGUUUGUGUCAUUAUCCCUUAUGAUUUUUGAUGCUUUUAUUCUGUCCUAAUGUAUUGUCUUCUGAGAGGGCCACCCGCCAUGAAAUAGAGCUUAAUGCCCAUUUUCUACUUGCAGGCGGUGCAGGUUUUCAAUUCUUUGAUAAGCAAUCUGAAAAGUUUUCGACCUCUAAUUUUUUUUUGUGUUCUGGCUUUAGAUAUGCUUUUUUUGUGCAUCAUUCAUUGUUUACUAUCGCAUCUGCCCUUUGAAAUUAUUAUUUUAAGUUGAAAUUGUGGCUUGAACAUACAUUUUAAGUGAACUUUUAGAUUUGAACUUCCACCCGCAAUCCUCAACUUUCACAAACUUCUUAUCCCAAAAACAUAGCUAUUGGAACAAAACUUCAACCACCUCCCCGAAAUGUUAUGUCUUCAGUUUUGAAAUUUUUGUUGAGUGUGAUUUUUCUUUCUUUAAGGUUACAGGGUGUAUACAGUUUUCUUUGACAUUUUAUUGUUUUGAAGUGAAAUUCCUCAACAUUAUCCUAUGUGACAUUGUUCAAAUUCCACAAACUAUUGUGUUACUGUUUGGGAGAAAAUAACUUACUGAUGCAUGUUGUUUUGUUUUGCUCUUGGCUCAUCUAUCAGAACAUAUUUGUGCAAUAUCUCUCUAUAAAGUAGGAAUUGAAUUUAAAUUAGAUGAUGGAGUGCCAGAAAUCUAAGGUGCGUAUGUUGUCACAAUGUUUGAAAAACUUGUCGAAUUGGUGGUAAAUUCUUUGCACUGUAAUAUUACCAGUUU